GUUCGCGCAUCUUAUCAAUGUUGAUUUUUUUAAUGAUUUACUAGAAUUGCUCAAAAAGAUAAUGGUUGGUCCACAAAUUGAAGACGAUAAUGAGAAUUCUAGUAGAAGAGUGGAUACAAGGAGAACACUUAAUAUCGAUCUGAAAGAUUUUUAUACGCAAAUGUAUAAAAUAUUAAUGCCACUUGCACUAAAUCCAUACAUGGAACAAAAUGAAAAUAAAAGAAUGCAAAAGACAAUAAUAAAUGACAAUAAAGACGAAAUCAAAUAUAGUAAUAACUUCAGUGUGUCAUCGGAAAAACAGUUAUUAAUGGAAGGAUUUGAUUACAUGUUUUUUAAGAAAAGGACGAUUCCCAUUGAAAGAUCUGCAGCAUUUUUGAAACGGCUUUCAAUUUCAUGCUUAAAUUGGCCGAGCGAAACUGUAUUAAUAUGUUUAGAAAAAAUGCAAAAAAUGAUUCAGAAACAAUCACGACUAGACGCGCUAUUAAUAUCUGAUGAUAGAAUAUGCAAUGGAAUAUAUCGUGCAGACUUGGACGACCCUGAAUUAUGCAACCCAUUGGCAACUAAUUUGUGGGAGUUAUGUUUGUUAGAGAACCAUUAUGAUCCAAAAGUACGUGCUAUGGCAACAUCAUUAGCAACUUUUAUACCUAAUAGUGAGAAAUCUGUGUAA